AUGAUUCUCGAUCGCGCCGUGGUGGCGCUCGCGCGCGCGUCCGCGGCGACGGCGCGCGCGUCGAGGUCGAUCGCGCCGAUUUCGAGCGCGCGACGCGACGCGGACGCGCGGACGUCGACGGCGACGUCGACGUCGGGUGAGCCCGCGCGCGCGCGCGCGCGGGGUGUGAUCACCGUUUCGGUCGAGCGCGGCGACGCGGAGCGGGCGUAUAAGCGAUUGCGAAGGAUCAUGAUGUCGGAGGGGGCGUACGAGGAUCUCCGGGCGUCGACGGAGGGACAUCGAAAACCGUCGCAGUUGCGCGUACUGGCGAGGAAGGAGCGCGAGCGACGGACGAUGCGACAGAAAUUGAACUCUAAGCUCGGUUGGAUCGUGCGACAGAAGGAACGCGGGUUCUAG